AUGUCGGAAAAGAGAAAGCGAGAUCACAACGACGGUGACGCCAAGGCUGAGCGAAAGAAGCAGAAGAAAGGCUUCCGUGUAGGUCCAGACAACCUGCCGGAUGGCGUCUGGAAGAGAAAAAACCAAGAGAUUAAGCAGAACCUGAUCGGCAAGGCCAAGAUCUACAAGGAGUACACAAAGCUGAAGAAGCAACGCAAGAUCCCAGAGCAGGAAGAGUCAAUACCACAACCAGCAUCACUCGCCCUAGACGAAGAGAAAGCAAAGGAGGCAGAUACAGCACCCCAUCCGGACCGCCAAACCCUGAUCGAGCGCGAAGCUAAGGAACCAGAAGAGGUGCAGCCGAGAAGGCCAGAUCGCGAACCACGACGGAGGAAGCCGAAGGCAAUACCCUUCAAGAAGGAGCACGAAGAGGCACUACAACGAAAAGCAGAGGCGGGAGAGAGAAGAAAAGCACGAGAAGCAGCACAACAAGAACGCCAGCAAAAGAUCGAGGAGCGAGAAAAGUUCAGGAAAGCCAUGUCGAAGGCGAGGACAGGUGGAUGGAACGGGCAAAGAAAGCUAGGGCGUGAGAGCAAGCCGCUGCUGGAGAAGGUCAAGAGGAUUAUGGGAGACAGCGGAUGA